AUGCUGGCAGCCGCGGCUCCGAGGCCUUUCUGUUAACUUCAAGUCCUCUAUCGACUCCUCGUGGGCGAUGGAACUACCCGGGUGCCCAGGCCCGAAACCUUGCAGUCACCCCUUGGCAGGACAAUGGCAAAGAACAAACUAAAAGGGCAGAAGUCCAGGAAUGUAUUUCAUAUAGCUAGCCACAAAACUUUCAAGGCUAAAAACAAGGCAAAACCAGUUACUACUAAUCUUAAGAAGAUAAACAUUGUGAAUCAUGAAAAAAUCAACAGAAUGAACAGAGCUUUUGUAAAUAUACAGAAAGAACUUGCAAACUUCUCAAAAAGCCUUUCUCUUAAAUCUGUGCAGAAAGAGCUGAAGCACCAUAAAAAUGAAGCAGCUAACGUUGAUGAAGCAACACGACUAUUGGCACAAUUGUAAUACAGUGACAGUGCAUCACAUUUCCCCGAAGAUCAAUAAACUCAACGUUUCAUAAAAC